AUGAAGGCGUCUCUCGUAACGGCCCUUGCCCUGGCCGCUUACACCCUGGCGAGCCCCGUUGGCCAGCCUCACGCUCGCGGCAACGAGUGCACCUGCGGUGGUUCUGGUCCUGGUGGUGGCUCGGGUCCUGGCUCCGAGCCUACGCAGCCUGCACCGGAGUCUUCUGCUUCCCCAUCCAGUCCCUCCGAGGUGUCCCCCUACCCCGGAACCUCUUCCUCCUCUCAGGUUCCGACUCUGCCUGGCGACCAACCGGCUCCUACGGUUACUAUCACCACUACUACAACCCCCGCUGGGCAGCCUUCUGGCCAGCCCACAGGGCCUGCCGGACCUACUGGACCUGCCGGUCAGCCAUCUGCUUCGUCUUCCUCUGCCCCUGCUGGCGAGCCUACUGGUGAACCCUCUGGUUCUUCUGGAUCCCCUGGCCCCUCUGGGCCCACCGGACCUGCCGGCCAGCCAUCGGCUUCUUCCUCUGUCCCCGCCAGCCAGCCUUCUGGUCCUACCAGCCCUGCCGGCCAGCCCUCUUCCUCUAGCCCCGCUGGCCCCUCGAGUCCAUCUGGACCAUCUGGACCGGGAAACACUGGUAACCCCGGCGGCUCUAACCCCUCGUCCACCUCGUCGGUGCCCAGCUCCUCGACUCCGGCCUCGACUCCCUCUUCAACUCCCUCAUGCGAGAACGGACACUGCCACGGCACCGGUCACCUCAUCCAGGACCUGGGCCCUCAGGCCGAUCACCUUCUGACCGUGAUCGGUAACGGCACCGAGCAGCUGUUGAUCCAGCUCAGCGACCCCGUUGCUGACCUUCUCUCUAGCCUGGGUCUCACCGGCCUGGCUGAGCCCGUUGGCCACAUCAUCAAGGACGCAUCUACCAUUGGCGAGCUGAUCACCGAUCUUGGCGCACCCGUCGACAACCUCCUGAUUGCCGUCGGCAAGGACACCGGAUACCUGUUGAUCGAACUCGACCACGACGUCAAGGGCCUUCUGAGCAGCAUUGGACUUAACUCCCUGGCUGACCCUGUGGGUGACCUUCUCGGCGCCAUUGGCAGCAGCUUGAAGCGUCGUGAGGACGCCUCCAACCCGAACGGCCUCCUCGAGAAGCUGGGUCCUGUUGUUGACUGCAUCUUGCGCGUCACGGGUGAGGACGCCAAGGACCUCCUCAUCAAGCUCAGCGACCCCGUGGCCGAGCUGUUCAAGGGCCUGGGUCUGACUGGUGUCGGCCGCAGCGUUGGUGAAGUGAUCAAGUCGGCCGCGUCGGUGGGUGACUUGGUUGCCGACCUGGGCCCCGUGGCUGACUGCCUGUUGACGGUCGUUGGAGAUGACGGCAGUGCCCUGCUGAUCAAGCUGGCUCCUGAUGUUGCGGACCUGGUGAGCAGCCUGGAUCUCCCCGGUGUCGGAGAGGCUGUGGGUGAGGUGCUCUACGUGAUCGGCAAGAACCUGUGAGAUAACAGAUCCAACCGCUACGAUGAUAGAUUUGCAGCGCAUUCGCGAGUGAUCCCAUGAGUUUCUGACCUUCGGCGCUGAUUGAGGGGUAACUUGAGUAUACCUACUAUAGUACUUGACAUAAUUACCAUAAUUGAUAAUCAAUGAUACCUAAUUCGCUUUCC